CUCCUCCUCACAUUCCAGGCCUGCUGAGACUUCCCUCAAAAUUCUCCAAAAUGGAGCCUCUCACAACUUAUUCUUUAAAAUGUUCAGUGCCCAAAGCAAGGGUGCUUGUUGUUUUCCUGUCGAUGGUUUUGUGUACAGUGAUGCUCUGCCUGUUGCAGCUCAAAUUCUUAAAACCUAAAAUCAAAGAUUUUUAUUCUUUUGAAGUGAAGGAUUCCAGAGGGAGGACCGUUUCUCUGGAGAAGUACAGAGGCAAAGCGUCUUUGGUUGUAAACGUGGCCAGUUACUGCCAGCACACAGACAAAAAUUACAUCACGCUGCAGGAAUUACACAGAGAGUUUGGUCCAUCCCACUUCACUGUGCUGGCCUUUCCGUGCAAUCAGUUUGGAGAAUCGGAGCCUAGCUCAAGCCAGGAAAUAGAAUCUUUUGCCAAGGGAAACUAUGGAGCAACUUUCCCUAUUUUCCACAAAAUUAAGAUUCUAGGAUCUGAAACAGAACCUGCAUUUAAAUUUCUGAUAGAUUCUUCAAAGAAAGAGCCUAGGUGGAAUUUCUGGAAGUAUCUUGUCAGCCCAGAAGGUAAAGUUGUGAAAUUUUGGAGACCUGAAGAGCCCAUAGAAAACAUCAAGCCAGAAGUAGCAUCCCUGAUCAGGCAGAUCAUCUUGAAAAAGAAAGAAGAUCUCUGAAAAGACCAUUCAGUCUGUGAAUCCAUUUUACCGCAUGUAUAGACAAUCUUAAUACAUUCCUGUUAAAUGAUGCUAGAAGCAAGACCAUCAAGUGUUUAAAUUUCUCUUUGGUUUUAAUGGCAGUACUGAGAAUAAUUACAAAUUAUUUAAGCGCUAAUAUAGGGCCCAAUCCUGCGACAUGCUGAGCACCAAUAAAGUCAAUGAGUAUUGCAAGGCACUCAGCACUUUGCAGGAUCAGACCCUUAGUUUGGCAUAAAAUUGCUAAUGUUCCCUGUAAGUUCACACUGCUGCCAAUGGUUAACAAUGUCACCAACAUGAAAAUGCUUAAAAAAGAAGACAGAGGAUUUGUAUGAAUAUGAAGUUGACUAAUUUAUCAAGCCCAGAGCUUUGUUUCCCAGCUACUUGUAACAGUGUUAGGGAUUUUUUUAUAUUUGAUUGCUAAUCAUGAAACUUCU